AGUUGCAAUGUCUGACCCACACUACAGGGCUGUGGCACUCUAUAACCAGGCGUACAUCACUAUUAACCUUGGUAAAGGUAACUAUAAAGCAGAUGCUAUGAACCUGCUGGAAGACGCAAAGAAAUCCAUUGAUGUCUACAUCUCAGAAGUCUCAAACACAAUGGUCUCAUGUAACUUAUCGAUCACUGGAAACAAAGAUCAGAGCACAGACAACAACAACUUUCAGAGUCAAAUGGAGGCCAGAAUGAACAUCUUUAAGUCUUGGAUGACGUACAUUGAUAACGCAUUGCUUAAACUUAAAGAGCUGGAAAAAGACAACAGUGACGCCAUUACAGAGGAGUGUUCAGUCUACAUGCUGUCUGAAGAAAAGAACUUCAUCGUCACUAAUGAGCUCAGAUCGUUAUACGACUAUGGCCUCGGUGUUGUUUUUGAGGUGAAAAAGAAGCCCAGGUUUUGCAUAGAUGCUUUGAUAUGUUUCAUACUCGGCGUGGUACAGGUUCUUGCUGGGGUUCUUGUUUGUGCUCUGACAUUUGGAACGGCCAGCCAGUUUGGAUUGGGCCUGAUUUCAGAAGGAGUGUCUGACAUGAUCAGUGGAAUAGAGGGAAUGAUAAAGGGUACAUUCGAUUGGGUGUCAUGGGCAAUAUCUAAGAGUAUCAGCAUUGGGCUUUCUUUGAUAACAGCUGGCUUUAGCGUUAUCAAGAAAGCAGUUACCUCAGUGUUUAAAGUGACAAAAAGUCUCCUCGAUGGUACAAAGUCUUUUUCUUCUGUUGCAUCUGAAUUCAUCAAAUCAGGAAAGGCAAUGUUUACUUCAUUCAAAGGAGGCGUUCAGUCUGGUUUAUCGUCCGUCAGUAAGGAAUCUUUCAAGGCUGCAAUGAAAAACAUGACAUCUUCUACAGUGCUCAAACAGAACUUCAAAUUUGCAACUAAAUAUGCAGUUCAGGAAAUCGGGAAACAGUCUGAGGUCACUGCCAUGAACUACGCAAUUGAUGCAGCCCUUCAGGAAGUCUUUAAGAAGAUUUUACAAAGCAGCUUUGAGAAUGUUGUUACUUCAUCAGUGAAGCAGAGCAGUAAACUGGAUCAGACUCUUGUGGAGUUCAUCAGCUCAGGCAUUCCCAAAGCAGCACUGAAAAAAGAGAAUUUCAAGAUUGAUCAGAAUUAUGAGAAGCAAAUAAAAAAAUCAGUUGGGAUGCUCUGCGAAGAGAUAAUUCCUGACCUCAUACUGGACUGUACCACAGCACAGGAUGUUAUCAGCAAACUCUCUGAGGUGUGUGAAGCAGCAUCAGAUCUUAAGAAUAAAGCCAAACUGUCAGGAGUAUAUGACAUGGCAAAGCAGGCUCUGAAAGUAGCGGAGUACUCAGCAUCUCUUGUUCAAAUACUGAGUGCCAUACCAACAAAGGAGAUUAUACAACAGAAAUUAGUUCCUGAAUUACUGGAGAGCAUCAGUGAGCUUCAGAAAGAAAUGACAAAGUAUGACCAAGAUGGACGACACCAUUUACAGGACGUACAGCGCCUUAAAGGUGAACUUCUUCAGACUAUCACCCAGAAUGUGUCUGAGCAAUUCAUCAGCUCCUGUUCAGAACAUAUGAGUUCUUUAAUGACAAGCACAUUUAAGAAUCAGUUGAACCGUGUUGUAGGACAGGCGGUGGACCACGUCAUGCGCAGACAUAAAACUCAGCGUUUCUUUGAUGACCAGAAGGAAAAACACAACAAGAGAUCUGCGAGCCACAAGGAAGUGGAACAGCUGUCAGAUGAGGACAAAACAAAGCUAAUGCAGUAUACAGAAGACAUGUGCAAUGCUGAUCAGCCUACAACAGCCCUCGAUGUGUAUGUGCUCACAAAAAGCAACCUGCUUGGUGGAAAAGGAAUUCUACUCACUGUCAUUGAUGAAAAUGAAAAACAGCUCUCUGUGGAACGUUACCCGGGAACCAACAAAUCAGCAGACGAUAUAAAAUUGACAUUAACUAAAUCUCCAAUAACCACACAUCCAUCACAAGCUGAUACACAGCUGUACAGCGGCCAUUUUGACAUCGUACAGGAUGAUGGCAGGAUAGUCAGCGUUAACUCAGAUCAUCAGAACGCUCUUUAUCAUGCUGUAGCACAAGCAACUGGCAGCGAGACAGAAGAACCAAAGAUGGAAGCUUUGACGCUACGUAAGAAAGUGAAAAAUGAGAUCCAGACAAACCUUGAAUCGUACACACCCCUGCUUAUUCUCCAAAGAGGAUACGACUUCUGUCACAAAAACCCCAAUAAAUACAGCAUAACUGGAGGAAAUACAAAGACGACAGACGUUGCACUGCAGAAAUACUUACAUAGUGUUAAAUUCAUCAGAAGUGGCGAAAUCCUCAUCAAAAUGUACCAUCUUGGAUUUGUUGGUGAAUAUAAAAGUGUCGUAAGUGCUCGGAUGUCCAGUAAGAACACCACGGGGACACUUAACACAAGCCACAUUCCACCGAAGGACUCCAUCAGACUUGCUGAGGCGGUCAUAGAUAACCCAAACUCAGUGAGCGAGCUUAAAAAUAAAAACCUGCCGCUUUAUAAACUAAUCAGCAGCAUAAAGACUGACAGUAAUGGAUGGAACCUGAUUUCCAUGGAGGUUCUGGGACAAGAUCACAGACGAGCUUUAACUACGGGCCCAAGCAGCCACUCACAGAUGGCCAGGAAACUUCUAGCUGACACCAUAAUUAGUGGAGACGUGGAGCUUCUGCUGAAACGCUGCAUGAUUCUACAUCACCCGCUCACCUCACAAAAGCUGAGAGGAGCUCUGGGUGAAAGCAUUCCCUCUCAGUGCCACGUUUUGUCCGAUGAAGGUAUCCGAGGCUACUACAAAGCAGGAUACAGAAACCUGGUGUCAGAAUAUAACCGCUUGGGAAUCCUGGAUCAGAACCAGUGUGAGCGUCUGGACGAGUGGGUGAAUCAGGACCAGCACGAGGACACUAACACUGCAGAGUACGGCCAGGUUCUGCAGGGGUUACAGUAAAAAUGCCCAGUGUUAGUGAACACAAUUUCUCUUCAGCGCCUUAUGAUAAAUAUGAUGAUGAUUGUGAUGAAGAUCGAAAAUAGGAAAUGAUUGCUCUCUGCCACUGAAAUUGCAUUGAUUGCAAUAAAUAAAUGAAAAAUUAUUUUAGCAAGUAAAGAUAUCUUGUAAUAUUGAUAGAUCAUUUUGGUGAUUUUAAGCUUUUUAUUUUUUUUUAGGAUGAUAAGCAUUUAAAACUCAAAAUCAGUAAAAGUGUCUAGAAAUAUUGUGUUCUAUUAAAACAAAUCUAGUGUUUUAUUGUAGUAACUUAAGUUUGGUUUUAAGCGUUUAGAAAAUCAGAAUACUACAGGGUUAUUCCACAAAACAUGAAUUGAAAUCUGAUCAUAAGAAUGGUGUUGGGUUGUGAUUAAAUUUCAAAAAUAUAUAACAGGAAUAAAAUCUAAAAACAAAUUUUCAGCUUCUCUUCAGUAUUGCUCUAUAGUGCCCUGAUUAAAAGUUAUAAAAACACUGAAAUCAUUAUACUUAAAAUUGUACCGAUUUUAUAAUCGCAUAAUUCUUCAUAAUCAGUGAAAUGAAUCUCCACUUUUCACAAAUGUAUUGUAAAAUGUUUUGUUACUGAUCUGCAUGAUGCUGGUGAAUGGCUUUGUACUUGAUUGCAACUGAUUGUAAUUUCUGAAAAUGUGCCAAUAAAAUUUUAUUUUAUUUUUGUUCCUAUUUCAUUCUUAAAAUUAGAUAAUCACUCAUUAUCAUAUAAUCAACAGGGAAAAUGGGACAGAGAUAAAUGACUAAACAUAUGGAGUUGAUCAAAAAGUGAAAAAUAAAAAGGGACAGUAUAGAGCAGUAAUAUUAAGUCUUUAUUGUUAUUGACUUUUAGGUGUUAGAAUUAAAAAUCACUCUACAGUCAAUGGGAAUCAUUCAUGAAACCUGUGCAGAACAAAUUUUUGUGUAAAUCGUUCGUAAAGCUGUUCUGACAUUCAUGAAAAUGUUCAUAUUUUCAAAAUGUUAGUUGGUACGAAACGUGUAUUUACGAAGCGUUUGUGAAUCCAGAAGAGAGUUUUCGGGAAGGUCUGUUUUACACGCAAAUUACUCAGAAUUUACUCCUAUAUUUAUGAAUCUUGAAUGAGGCCCAAAAUGCUUCUAGUUACAAAUGUAAAUAUAGCUGCAAGCAGCAAUUAAGGGGCCAAGCACUCCAGCGGCCAAAUGAGGAGCUAAGCAUAGCAUGCAGCAUCAGACCAAAUGCAACAAUGUGUACUAAUAGCAAUUGUAGGAUGAUUUCAAUUGAAUGGCAGAAAAUUCAUAAAUACAACCUCUAGCAAUAUCAUUAAAUGGCUGAUUACUUUUGACCAACAGGUGGCGCUGUAAGCAUAUUAUUUUGUGUGAGGUGAUAAUGGCACACACAAAGUUUGUUGUCAUUAUUUCAAAACCUGGCAGAUACCCCUUUUCCACCAAAGCAGUUCCAGUGCUGGCUAGGAGCCAUAGCCUAGUUUCAAACCGGUUCCCACACCCAAAGCACCAGCUCCGAACCAGGAAAAGCGGUUCAUGAGUAGCACCAAAAUAUUGCUGGGCUAGAAGGAAGAACCGCUUG